GAAAUAGGUUUUUUGUUAGGGCUUGGCAGGGGCAGGCGCAGGCGCAGGCGCAGGUGGAGCCAUGCCCAGCAAGCUGAAGAGAGCGCUGGGCGCCGUCAAGGACCAGACCAGCAUCGGCCUUGCCAAGGUCUCAAGCGGUAGCAACCGCUCGAACCUUGACGUCGCCGUGCUCAAGGCCACCACCCAUGAGGAGGUCCCCAUCGAAGACCGAUACAUCAACGAGAUCCUCCUCCUGACGUCCUCAUCACGCCCACGCACUGCUGCCUGCAUCCACCUAUUGUCUCGUCGGAUCAGCCGCACACGGAGCUGGGUGGUUGCGCUCAAGUCCCUCACCCUCAUCCUCAACCUCUUCCAGAGAGGCCACCCCUCGUUCCCUAGAGAGGUCCUGACUGCGAUGAACCGUGGCUCCAGACUACUGAACCUCUCGAAUUUUUGCGAUGGAUCGCACUCUAGCCCUUGGGAUUUCACGGCAUUUGUCCGUACAUUUGCUUUGUACCUCGACGAGCAUCUCGAGUGCUCGCUGAUGGGCAAGCUUCGCUCCACGUCGAAACGGCGCAGAGCAGCAGAGAUGAAUCCUGGCGACAUCCUCGACAGGCUGCCGUACUGGCAGCGCCUCCUCAACCGGGUGCUUGCCACUAGGCCGACUGGCCCAGCCAAGAACAACCGCUUGGUCCAAAUCUCAUUGUACACUCUAGUCACCGAGAGCUUCGAGUUGUACAAAGACAUAUCCGACGGACUAGCGGUCCUUCUGGACGGUUUCUUCCAGCUGCGGCCACAGGCAUGCACCGAGGCCUUCGACACCUGUGUCCGUGCAUCAAAACAGUUCGACGAGCUUAAUAGGUUCUAUGCAUUGUGCAAGGGCGUGGGGGUGGGCCGCAUUUCAGAGUUCCCACCUGUCCAACGCAUCUCUCGUAAACUCUUGGAGACGCUGGAUGAGUUCCUCAAAGACCGCCAUGCCUCCCUGCAAAAACUUAGCCCUUUGCCACCCCUAACACCUCCACCUCCACCUACACCCACACCCAGGCCCAGGCCCAGGCCCACCUCUGACGGUGGAGAGCUUAAGCCCAGCUGCAGUGAAUCGCUGGUUCAAGAGCCCAGCUGCAGUGAAUCACGAACACAAGAUUUUGACAUGAGCAGAGAUAAAUGGGAUAUCCCUCUCGGCGACUCCAAGGAUAGCAGAGAGGGGUGGGAGUUGGCAUUGCCGGCACAAGAUAUUUGCAUGAGAGGAGAUAAAUCGGACCUCGCUCGUUGUGACUCCCAGGAUUGCAGAGAGGGGUGGGAGUUGGCAUUAUUGGAGAGCUCUUUGCAGAUGGCAAAGCAGGUGACCUACACUUUGGCUGAAGGGUUCGAAUCGGUGCUAAACCUGCAUUGCUACAACAACAACCCAUUCAUGCAGGUAGAUGCACAGGGUGCCUCUGAUUCCAUAAUUACAGUGCUACCGGUGCCACCCACAUUCCGCUCAACGCAGUGUGAAAGGCCUUCAUUCAUGGAGGAUGACCUGUUUUCGACUCGGAGCUCGACUUCGUUUUCGGAUCCGAUGCAACAGAUGUCCAAACAACAGCUAAUGCUUUAUGAGCAGAGGCUGUGGAUGCAACACCAAAGUAGUAUUAUAAGCGCAACACCAGAGUAGUAUUAUAAGCAGACAUGAUGUAUGUUUUUAGUAGUAUUUUCAUGAUUUUCUUUUCCUUCUCCUUUCUUGGUUUUUGAGGUUUAGGUGUUUGGGAAUCAAAGGGAAUUCAUGUAUUUAGUAUUAUUUUCAUGAUUUUCUUUUCCUUCUCCUUUCUUGGUUUUUGAGGUUUAGGUGUUUGGGAAUCAAAGGGAAUUCAUGUCUAUUAUGAAAGUGGAAGUUUUAGUUUUUUUCAUUCA